UAAAUCACUAGGGAACGAAAAUGACCGAGUGUAUUCGGCAGGCUGUUCACGCAACCUCCUCUUGGAUGGAAAAUGCACCCGUGGCCAAAGGUGUUUGAUUUUGUCAGUGGCGGUGGCUGGGCUCUCAUCUUGUGACGUCUGGUUAGAGUUGGAUAAUGAGGAAAAGUUGGACGGCAGGAACAAGGAGCGCAAGAACGCUGUCGAGGUUGAGGCUGUCACGUCGUGAUUAUGAUUAUGACCUGGUGCGCGUGGUCGUAUCUUCACCUUGUGAGUCGUGUAAUUCAGGAUGGUUGAUAAUGUCUAAAAGAGAGAUGGUGUUAGUAACCUCUCUUAUGACGCGACCGACGUCCAAGGAGAUCAAAAGAUGA